ACUGAAGCAGGAGACUGAUACCUUUAUGUUGACUCCUACUGAUGAGGAAAGUGACCACCAGCUCCUCUCUCACAACUCUCAUGUAGCUGAGAGCCAAGAUCAGAAAGGAGGCAAGCAUGGAGACUCAGGACUCAACUAGAACUGCAGAGCCAAAUCAACAGAGUCUACAUCACGAAAGCACAAGUCACAGUAACAAUGUAGACAACCCUAACCUGUCAGAGAUGCACUGUGACACUCACACAGGUAAACAGCCUUUAAAAUGUGACACAUGUGGAAAAUACUUUAAGAAUAAAGCAUCACUAGAGAGACAUCUGAGAACUCACACUGGUGCCAAGCCAUAUUCUUGCAAAACAUGUAGGAAAGCUUUCAUAAAUAAUGGUCACUUGGUAAUCCACAUGAGAACCCACACAGGUGAGAAGCCAUAUUCUUGUAAAAUAUGUGGGAAUGGAUUUUCUCAGAAAUCAACAUUGAACUCUCAUAUAAGAACCCACUCAGAUGAGAAGCGAUAUUUUUGUGAAACAUGCAAAAAGAAAUUCCAGCGUAAUGAUGCCUUGAAAGUCCACAUGAUGAGUCACACAGGUGAGAGGCCAUAUUCUUGCGAAAUAUGUGGGAAUGGAUUCACGACUAAAUCAGCAUUGAACCAUCAUAUGAGAAUCCACACAGAUGAGAAGCCGUUUGCAUGCAAAACAUGUGAGAGAGCUUUUCGAAAUAAUGGUCACUUGAAUAUCCAUAUGAGAACCCACACAGGUGAGAGGCCAUAUUCUUGCAAAAUAUGUGGGAAUGGAUUUACUCAUAAAUCAGCAUUGACCUAUCAUAUAAGAACCCACACAGGUGAGAAGCCGUUUGCAUGCAAAACAUGUGAGAGAGCUUUCAUAAAUAAUGGUCACUUGGUAAGCCACAUGAGAAUCCACACAGGUGAAAAGCCAUAUUCUUGCAAAAUAUGUGGGAAUGGAUUUACUCAUAAAUCAACAUUGGACCAUCAUAUAAGAAUCCACACAGGUGAGAAGCCAUAUUCUUGUAAAACAUGCAAAAAGAAAUUCCUGCGUAAUGAUGUAUUAAAAGUCCACAUGAGAACCCACACAGGUGAGAAGCCAUAUUCUUGUAAAACAUGCAAAAAAAAAUUCCGCUCUAAUUGUAACUUGAAAGUCCACAUGAGAACACACAUGGGGGAAAAGCUGCAUCACUGCAGCACAGAGGUUCCAGAGAUUAAAGAGUAACAGUUCAACAUUAACUAACCCUAACCCCAGCCGUGAUAGAGGACAUGGCUGGUGGGAUGCUGAGCUUCAGAAGCUCGUGUGUAAUGCAUACUGGUACAUGCAGGCAGUUCCUGCACGGCUCCGCGAGCAGGAGAACUCAGCUUUAGGAUUCAGGGGGAUCUAUUGGCAGAAAUGGAAUAUAGUAUUCAUAACUAAAUGCUACACACUGGACCUUUUUAAGGGGAAAGUUAAUGUAUGACUGACAAUGAUGAACAAACUGUUAACCAGAUGAAUGUUACUGCAUUGUAUGAAACUUUUUAAUUGAACAACGAUGACACUGAGCAUGGAUGAUUGUAGCAACACUGUUAAUAUAAUGUGUUAUACUGCUGCACAUUGUUUGGAGACCGACUGUGACAGAACAUAUUGCUGGAAAGGCCAGAAGAUAUAGAAGCUUAAAGAGAACGUAUUCAUAUCACACAUGUUAGUUACCAAGGUAGAAUGGUGCAUCACAUUUUACGGUUUGUAAAUAAUGAAUGUGUGUAAACAUUGUCUUGAAGAGAUGCAAUCAAGUAAUUUCUUGCUCAAUGCCUAUAUUGUGAUUUUAAAAAAAAAUGUAUACCAAUCAAAUGUUAACGUUCAUUAAUAUAUUUUUAUUCAGUUUUAAUUGUUUUUGUAAAUGCAUUUGUAUGAACAUGGAGAUAAUGGUAUGUGUUGU